AUGUCUAAUUUUACCGAAUAUAAGAGUGAUUUUAAUUUAGAACAAUGGUCGCAAUUUCUAGUGAAAAUGAAAGCAGAAGAAUCACCUUGGAACAUAACACUCAUUAUUAUAUUUAUUGUUGUUAUGUUUGUAGGGGGUUUAGUUGGAAAUAUUUUGACUUGCAUUGUCAUUUAUUACGAUAAAACAAUGCAUACUGCAACAAAUUAUUAUCUAUUUGAUCUGGCUGUCUCUGACUUAAUAGUGUCAUUUGCUAUGAUGUUGGAAGUAUACGAGCAAUUGAGUGAAUCUUACGGUUUUGGUAAUGUGGCGUGCAAAAUACAUUUUUUCUUUGUUAUUCUACUGUGGAACAACAGCAUACUGAUAAUGACUACCUUGGCUAUAGAAAGGUACGUAGCCAUAUGUUAUCCAAUGUUACUAAAAUCAACCCCUGUGUGGCGACGAGUAAUGAAAGUGAUAAUGGGUGUAUGCGUAGUAGCAGUAAUCGAGACUAUACCAGACGUGUUGACGGCGGACUUAGUAAAGACGACGAAGUUUUCAAUAUGUUUUAUAUUACCUACUACAACUGCAAGGAUAACUAAUGGCGUGCUAGCGGUGGUAACAUUCGCCAUCCCACUAGCAAUCAUGACGUUUGUUUAUAUAAUGAUUGCUUUGAAAGUAAACUUUGCUGAAAAGGAUAAUUCCAGUAGUAAAAUAUUUAAUCAUCGAGAUAACAGAAAAAAAGUCAACAAACUUAUUAUAGCACUGACGCUGUCUUUCUUGGUGUGCUGGUUGCCAUUCUGCACAUUUCGCGUAUUAAUAUUUCUGUACGACAUGCGCCAAUUGAUGCAGCUAUCAAAGUGGUGGAAUAUUGGCCAGAGAAUUAUCGUUUUUCAUAAUUGGUUCAGCAUCGUCCUCAAUCCUAUACUGUUCAGUUUGAUGUCUACUAAAUUUCGGGAAUCUCUCAAGAGACUUUGGAUAACAAAAAUUAAAAGGCAACGCAUAGAAAUUCAAAAGUCUUAUAUAAUUUAA